GUGUUGGGGACAGGCCUGUGAUUGGGCUGCAGAAUCCACUAGGGAGGGGGAAAGGAAAAGUACAAAGCAAAGAGCUGGGGAGGGGGGAAGAAGCCCUCACUGGCCCCACCCCGGUGCCCACUCAUCCAUACCAGGGAACAGGGUGUGCCACCGCCUGGGGAGGGUUGGUAUGUGAGGACAGAUGCUGGAUAUGGGACCCCUGUGCCCCAAGUGAGCCCGCAAGGCCUCCAGGACCAGCUUACCAACAGCUGGACUUGAUCACCAGCUUCAGGCCACAGCUAGAAAGUAGCAGGCCACCCCCUGCAUCCUUGCAUCUUCCUCUUGGAGAAGCACAGCCUGAGAGAGAGAGCCCUUGGGUGGCUUGUGGGACAAUGAGGGCUUCAGCUUUCCUGGUGCUGCUGCUCCCAGCCUUCCUGCUCCCACCACUGGGUGCCCAGGACCCUGCCAUGGUGCACUACAUCUACCAGCGCUUUCAAGUCUUGGAGCAAGGACUGGAAAAAUGUACCCUAGCAACAAGGGCAUACAUUCAAGACUUCCAAGAAUUCUCAAAAAACAUAUCAGUUAUGCUUGGAAGAUGUCAGACCUACACCAGUGAGUACAUGAGUGCGGUGAACCAGCUGGCACUGAGAGUGGAGCGUGCCCAGCGGGAGAUUGACUACCUGGAGUAUCUGCGGGAGGCCGAUGCCUGCAUCAACUCAGAGGACAAGACACUGCCCGAACAGCUCCUCCAGGAAGCUGAAGAAGAUAAAAAGAUCCGGACUCUGCUGAACGCAAGUUGUGACAACAUGCUGAUGGCUAUAAAGUCUCUGAAAAUUGUGAAAAGGACUAUGGACACAGAUGGCUCUUGGAUGAAAGAUACUGUCAGUGACUCUCCAAAGGUUUAUGUCUUAAUUGGAUCCCAAAACAACACUGUUUGGGAAUUUGCAAACAUGCGUGCAUUCACAGAAGACAGCACCAAGCCAGCGCCCCGGAAGCUAAUCCUGACAUAUUCCUGGCAGGGAACAAGCCAAGUGCUAUACAAAGGUUUUCUGUUUUUUCACAACCAGGGGACUCCCAAUGAAUUAAUCAAAUAUAACCUACAGAAGAGGACUGUGGAGAAACGAAUGCUUCUCCCUGGAGGGGCGGGACGAGCACGGGUCUACCAGCACUCCCCUUCCACCUACAUUGACCUGGCUGUGGAUGAGUAUGGGCUCUGGGCCAUCCAUUCAGGGACAGGCAUCCAAGGCCAUUUGGUGCUCACAAAAAUUGAGCCUGGGAGGCUGCGAGUGGAGCACUCAUGGGACACGCCAUGUAGACGCCAGGGGGCUGAAGCCUCAUUCCUCAUAUGUGGAGUGUUCUACGUGGUCUACAGUUCUGGUGACCAGGGUCCUCAUCGCAUCACCUGUGUCUAUGACCCGCUGGGCACUGUCAGUGAGGAGGAUCUUCCCAACUUGUUCUUUCCCAGACGACCGAGAAGUCACUCCAUGAUCCAUUACAACCCUAGAGAUAAGCAGCUCUAUGCCUGGAACGAUGGAAACCAGAUAAUUUACAAAAUCCAGACAAAGAGAAAGAAGCCUCUGGAGUAAGGCACUGCAACCACGGCCUGGACACUGCUCUCUAGGACACUGAGGCCCCGAUCCCUUUAAAAUAUAGUGCCACUCUGAUCUCAUACAGGGACAGGGUCUAGAAGUGGGGGUGCAUGUGUACCCCUUCUCAGAUAGCACUGCUUUGCUUAGCUUAGGGAAAAAAAAAACGUAGAUGAGAGCCUGUCCUUCAGAAAUUCUUGAUAACCUCCUUCACCAGCCCAGAUUCCUGGCUCUUGAGACCUUCCGCAUUCUGAAUCAGCUUACUUCCAGCCUUUACUUUUACUAGCAUUUAUUCUACCCACCCUAAAAAAAAAAAAAUAUAUAUAUAUAUAUAUAUAUAUAUACAUAUAUAUAUAUCCCCUCAUAAUAUUUUGUGUCUUUUUCAAGGAAGCCCACUGAUACUCUUCCUUUUUUUUUUAAUGGCACCAGAAUCACAUGUAAUUUAACCACUCCUGAGUCAACAUUUUUCCCCCAAUUUAAACAACAAUUUAUUUGAUAUAAAUACAAACAAACAAGGAAGAAAAAAAGACAUGACAGCCCAUUCAGGUAUCUUGCAUAGAUGUACAAGUAUUGUAAGCAGUUAACAGAUGGGGGCCCAGGCGGUAGCACUGGAUCGACAAGGAUCGACAUAAGAAUCCCGAUUCGAGCCCCCGCUCCCCACCCGCAGGGGAGUCGCUUCACAGGCGGUGAAGCAGGUCUGCAGGUGUGUAUCUUUCUCUCCCCCUCUCUGUCUUCCCCUCCUCUCUCCAUUUCUCUCUGUCCUAUCCAACAACGACAGCAAUAAUAGUAACAACAACAAGGGCAACAAAUGGG